AUGGCAAGAAGCGUGCUGCUCCUGCUCUCGGGUUUCGUGGCUGUGUGGGCCGUGCAUGGCAUCUUUAUGGACAGACUGGCCUCUAAGAAGCUCUGUGCCGAUGCCGAGUGUGUCUAUACCAUUUCUCUGGCUCAAGCUCAGGAAGAUUACAAUGCCCCAGACUGUAGAUUCAUUAACGUCAGCAAAGGGCAGCAGAUCUACGUGUACUCGAAGCUGGUGAAGGAAAAUGCAGCUGGGGAGAUUUGGGCUGGCAGUGUGUACGGUGACAGCCAGGAUGAGAUGGGCAUUGUGGGUUACUUCCCCAGCAACUUGGUUGAGGAGCAGCGUGUGUACCAAGCAGCUACCAAGGAAGUGCCAACCACGGAUAUUGACUUUUUCUGUGAAUGA